AGCAUUCCCUCUCGCAGGCUGUAAGGCAUGCCGCCAACUUCGGAGUAUCUUCCUCAUAUAUGCAGCUAGAAGCACUGCGUGCCUUCUACAGCAAAUCAACGAAGAUCAGCAGCAAAUGUUCUAAACAUUCAUCGUUCUGAUCAUCGCCACGUAUCUUGCGGGAAACAUGUGUCGCCCGGUAAUGGUAACAGGCAUAUGUGGGCAGGUUUGUCUCUCGCUGCGACAAGUCGUAUGGGAGGUCGACCACUGCCCACAUCGCACUGGAAUUCAGCCGCUCCAGAACCUGCCAUGUUCGCAACUCGUGGAAACCGCAGUCAACAUCGACGUCGACCUCUGCUGCUGCGACCUCUGCUGUUCAAAGAUGUACCAGAUUUUGUAUGGUUCGUGUCAUGUGUGCAUGCUUCGGAAACAGCUUCUCACCAAGGCUGAGGGAACUGGGCAGCGGGAUACUAUCUUUUGGGCCGAAAGGGCAAAUGACGAAGCCUGUAUCGAGCUUGAAAAGCACCUACAUUGCCACUCCCGCCGAGCGAGAUGGCUAGCAGGGCUGCAGGGGAUCCGGCUGGUCACCUCAGGCAGCCAGUCCUACCCUCCAGAAGACCUCGCCACACGACUUUGUCGGCGUAUCUAUACGCGGUGGUAUAACCAGAGACUCCACGAGUUGCCUUAGUAGGUAGUCUCGCGAGGGUCAGUAGCAUCGACAUGCAUGACAAGCAGGUAGAUCAUGGUAUAGGUACGGACAGCAACGAAAGUGCAUGCCC